AAGUUUCUUUUUUUUUUUUUGAAAAAUAUAUUUGAGCAAUAAUGGAUGAGAAGCAGUUGGAUCCAAUGCAGUGUAGCGUGGAUGAGAUGCGUGAACAUUUUGAGAAUUAUAAGAUACGGAGCGAGCGCAACUUUGAGACGUACAAGAAGCUGACGGAGGAAUUCUGUCUGGACAAGGAUCUGGAGAAGCUACAGACUGAAGUGCGCCAAAUGCGACUGGACAUGAAUAAGCUGCAGCGACUGCAGCUGGAGUUAAGCUGUUGGCGGGAACCAGAUGCUAUUGAAGAGCUGCCUUUUAGUAUAAAUAAUGUGUGGGAGGAUGACAUCAACUCCACAGACAUGGCAGAGCAGAAGGAGCAGCUGCAGGAGAAGGAGGAGGAGGAAGAGAAGCAGCUGCUGAUCAGCUGCGGUUCGAGUUCCUGUUUAUUUGAACACUGUCGCAGGCGUGUGGACAGUCAGCUGCUAUUGCUGCACUACCUCAGCGAUCACAGUGAUCACAGUGAUGACGAUGCUGCCUUUCUGCGCUGCCACAAGAUCAGCAAGGGUCAACGCAUUGUGCUGUCCUUUGAGACAAGACGUUGUCCACUCAGGCAGAACCAGGUGAUCGGACUACUCGCUUAUCAGCGCUCCUUGACGGAUCAGCAGCAUUUGCUCUCACUUUCUGACCAUCAGUUGAACAACAGUGAGCAGAACGAUGUGCCCAUUGUGGUGCUCAUUUGCAGGACUUCAGCAAAGGCUAAUCCACGACAUGGGCAUGCCAGAGAUCAAGUCUUUGUCCUCUGGCUGGUGACGCCGCUUGCUCAGUUGCAGCUGAACGCAACCCUGCGCCUGUGUGGACGCAAUGCAGCUGUCCAGGCGAACACCAAGCUGGCCGUGCGUCCAGUGGAUGACAGCCAGAACAGGUGCGAUUUCAUGCCCGUAGAUGCCAACUACUGGCGUCUGUCCAAUGACGAAAUACAAAAGAUAACGAAUGACUUUCGGGAUGAGCUGCAUCUGGAGAUUGGCAUCACUGAGUUGACUACGAGUUGCCAAUAAAGCUAUCCAUCAAUUGAGCGUACUCACACUAGCGUUGUCCUGCAGCGCUUUACACUUGAGCUGCUCCGCGGUGUCGCUCAGCUCAGAGAUUCGUCUGUCCAGUGCCUGUGUUUAACAUAAUUACAUAAUUAUGAUGUAAUAAUAAGUAGAUAAACGUUUA